AUGUAUGCACGACAGUGUCUCAGUGUACGUACGACACUGUGGUUGACGACAGGUUACCUUGGAGCAGACACGACAGGCUACCUUAGAGCAGAUACGACAGGCUACCUUAGAGCAGACACGGCAGGUUAUCUUAGAGCAGACACGACAGAUUACCUUAGAGCAGACACGACAGGCUACCUUAGAGCAGAUACGACAGGUUACCUUGGAGCAGACACGACAGGCUACCUUAGAGCAGACACGACAGGUUACCUUAGAGCAGACACGACAGGCUACCUUAGAGCAGAUACGACAGGCUACCUUAGAGCAGACACGACAGGCUACCUUAGAGCAGACACGACAGGUUACCUUAGAGCAGACACGACAGGUUACCUUAGAGCAGACACGACAGGUUACCUUAGAGCAGACACGACAGGUUACCUUAAAGCAGACACGACAGGUUACCUUAAAGCAGACACGACAGGUUACCUUAAAGCAGACACGACAGGCUACCUUAGAGCAGACACGACAAGUUAUCUUACAGCAGACACGACAGGUUACCUUAGAGCAGACACGACAGGUUACCUUAGAGCAGACACGACAGGCUACCUUAGAGCAGAUACGACAGGCUACCUUAGAGCAGACACGACAGGUUACCUUAGAGCAGACACGACAGGUUACCUUAGAGCAGACACGACAGGUUACCAUAGAGCAGACACGACAGGUUACCUUAAAGCAGACACGACAGGUUACCUUAAAGCAGACACGACAGGUUACCUUAAAGCAGACACGACAGGCUACCUUAGAGCAGACACGACAAGUUAUCUUACAGCAGACACGACAGGUUACCUUAGAGCAGACAUGACAGGUUACCUUAGAGCAGACAUGACAGGUUUUCUUAGAGUAGACACGACAGGCUACCUUAGAGCAGACACGACAGGUUACCUUGGACCAGACACGACGGGUUACCUUGGACCAGACACGACAGGUUACCUUAGAGCAUACACGACAGGUUGCCUUAGAGCAGACACGACAGGUUACCUUAGAGCAGACACGACAGGCUACCUUAGAGCAGACACGACAGGUUACCUUAGAGCAUACACGACAGGCUACCUUAGAGCAGACACGACAAGUUAUCUUACAGCAGACACGACAGGUUACCUUAGAGCAGACAUGACAGGUUUUCUUAGAGCAGACACGACAGGCUACCUUCGAGCAGACACGACAGGUUACCUUAGAGCAGACACGACAGGCUACCUUAGAGCAGACACGACAGGUUACCUUGGACCAGACACGACAGGUUACCUUGGACCAGACACGACAGGCUACCUUAGAGCAGACACGACAGGUUACCUUAGAGCAGACACGACAGGUUACCUUGGACCAGACACGACAGGUUACCUUGCACCAGACACGACAGGCAACCUUAGAGCAGACACAACAGGUUACCUUGGACCAGACACGACAGGCUACCUUAGAGCAGACACAACAGGUUACCUUGGACCAGACACGACAGGUUACCUUGGACCAGACACGACAGGUUACCUUAGAGCAGACACGACAGGUUACCUUGGACCAGACACGACAGGCUACCUUAGAGCAGACACGACAGGUUACCUUAAAGCAUACACGACAGGUUACCUUAGAGCAUACACGACAGGUUACCUUAGAGCAGACACGACAGGUUACCUUGAAGCAGACACGACAGGCUACGUUAGAGCAGACACGACAGGUUACCUUAAAGCAUACACGGCAGGUUACCUUAGAGCAUACACGACAGGUUACCUUAGAGCAGACACGACAGGUUACCUUAAAGCAGACACGACAGGCUACCUUAGAGUAGGCACGACAGGCUACCUUAGAGUAGGCACGACAGGCUACCUUAGAACAUACACGACAGGUUACCUUAGAGCAGACACGACAGGUUACCUUAAAGCAGACACGACAGGCUACCUUAGAGUACGCACGACAGGCUACCUUAGAGCAUACACGACAGGUUACCUUAGAGCAGACACGACAGGUUACCUUAAAGCAGACACGACAGGCUACCUUAGAGUACGCACGACAGGCUACCUUAGAGCAUACACGACAGGUUACCUUAGAGCAGACACGACAGGUUACCUUAAAGCAGACACGACAGGCUACCUUAGAGUACGCACGACAGGCUACCUUAGAGCAUACACGACAGGUUACCUUAGAGCAGACACGACAGGUUACCUUAAAGCAUACACGGCAGGUUACCUUAGAGCAGACACGACAGGUUACCUUAAAGCAUACACGACAGGUUACCUUGGACCAGACACGACAGGUUACCUUAAAGCAGACACGACAGGCUACCUUAGAGUACGCACGACAGGCUACCUUAGAGCAUACACGACAGGUUACCUUAGAGCAGACACGACAGGUUACCUUAAAGCAUACACGGCAGGUUACCUUAGAGCAGACACGACAGGUUACCUUAAAGCAUACACGACAGGUUACCUUGGACCAGACACGACAGGUUACCUUAAAGCAGACACGACAGGCUACCUUAGAGUACGCACGACAGGCUACCUUAGAGCAUACACGACAGGUUACCUUAGAGCAGACACGACAGGUUACCUUAAAGCAUACACGGCAGGUUACCUUAGAGCAGACACGACAGGUUACCUUAAAGCAUACACGACAGGUUACCUUGGACCAGACACGACAGGUUACCUUAAAGCAGACACGACAGGCUACCUUAGAGCAUACACGACAGGUUACCUUAGAGCAGACACGACAAGUUAUCUUACAGCAGACACGACAGGUUACCUUAGAGCAGACAUGACAGGUUACCUUAGAGCAGACACGACAGGUUACCUUAGAGCAGACACGACAGGUUACCUUAGAGCAGACACGACAGGUUACCUUAAAGCAGACACGACAGGCUACCUUAGAGUACGCACGACAGGUUACCUUAGAGCAGACACGACAGGUUACCUUAGAGCAGACACGACAGGUUACCUUAGAGCAGACACGACAGGUUACCUUAGAGCAGACACGACAGGUUACCUUGGACCAGACACGACAGGUUACCUUAGAGCAGACACGACAGGUUACCUUAGAGCAUACACGACAGGUUACCUUAAAGCAGACACGACAGGCUACCUUAGAGCAUACACGACAGGUUACCUUAGAGCAGACACGACAGGCUACCUUAGAGCAUACACGACAGGUUACCUUAGAGCAGACACGACAGGUUACCUUAGAGCAUACACGACAGGUUACCUUAGAGCAGACACGACAGGUUACCUUGGACCAGACACGACAGGUUACCUUGAACCAGACACGACAGGCUACCUUAGAGCAGACACGACAGGUUACCUUAGAGCAUACACGACAGGUUACCUUGGACCAGACACGACAGGUUACCUUAGAGCAUACACGACAGGUUACCUUAGAGCAGACACGACAGGUUACCUUGGACCAGACACGACAGGUUACCUUAGAGCAGACACGACAGGUUACCUUAAAGCAGACACGACAGGUUACCUUAGAGCAGACACGACAGGUUACCUUAGAGCAGACACGACAGGUUACCUUAGAGCAGACACGACAGGUUACCUUAAAGCAGACACGACAGGUUACCUUAAAGCAGACACGGCAGGUUACCUUAGAGCAGACACGACAGGUUACCUUAGAGUACGCACGACAGGUUACCUUAGAGCAGACACGACAGGUUACCUUAAAGCAGACACGACAGGUUACCUUAAAGCAGACACGGCAGGUUACCUUAGAGCAGACACGACAGGUUACCUUAGAGUACGCACGACAGGUUACCUUAGAGCAGACACGACAGGUUACCUUAGAGUACGCACGACAGGUUACCUUAGAGCAGACACGACAGGCUACCUUAGAGCAGACACGACAGGCUACCUUAGAGCAGACACGACAGGUUACCUUAGAGCAGACACGACAGGUUACCUUAAAGCAGACACGACAGAUAAAGUUGUGCCAAUUACAUCGUAA